AUGCCGGCUCACGCGGAUCUGGACCGUCAGAUCGAGCAUCUGAUGGAGUGCAAGACGUUGCCGGAGGCAGAGGUGAAGACUCUGUGCGAGCAAGCCAGGGCGAUCCUCGUGGAGGAGUGGAACGUACAGCCGGUGAAGUGCCCCGUUACGGUGUGUGGAGAUAUUCACGGCCAGUUCUACGACCUCAUUGAGCUCUUUCGGAUAGGAGGCAACGCCCCCGACACUAAUUACCUUUUUAUGGGUGAUUAUGUAGAUCGUGGGUACUAUUCUGUGGAGACUGUCACACUUCUGGUGGCCCUGAAAGUCCGUUAUAGAGAUAGAAUUACAAUUCUCAGAGGAAAUCACGAGAGUCGGCAAAUUACUCAAGUGUAUGGUUUUUAUGAUGAGUGCUUGAGAAAAUAUGGGAAUGCCAAUGUCUGGAAGUUCUUUACCGAUUUAUUUGAUUAUCUUCCCCUCACAGCCCUUAUUGAGAGUCAGAUUUUCUGUUUGCAUGGGGGCCUUUCCCCAUCUUUGGACACAUUGGACAAUAUCCGAGCUUUGGAUCGUAUACAGGAGGUUCCACACGAAGGACCAAUGUGUGAUCUCUUGUGGUCUGAUCCAGAUGACCGCUGUGGAUGGGGAAUAUCUCCACGUGGUGCUGGUUAUACAUUUGGACAGGAUAUAGCUGCUCAGUUCAACCAUACCAAUGGACUCAGUCUCAUUUCAAGAGCUCAUCAGCUUGUAAUGGAAGGAUACAAUUGGUGUCAGGACAAGAAUGUGGUGACUGUUUUUAGCGCUCCAAACUAUUGUUAUAGGUGUGGGAAUAUGGCUGCAAUAUUGGAAAUUGGGGAGAACAUGGACCAGAAUUUCCUGCAGUUUGACCCAGCCCCUCGUCAAAUUGAGCCCGACAACACACGCAAGACUCCAGAUUAUUUUUUGUAA